AUGAAGAUCACAAUAAAAACUUUGCAACAGAAACAGUUUCAUUUAGAAGCUGAACCUGAGGAUACUAUCCUUACGGUGAAGCAGAAAAUUGAAGAAAGUCAAGGGCAUGCAGUUUCACUCCAAAAGCUUAUUUUUUCGGGAAAGGUUUUGGACGACGGUAAAUCAUUAUCUUCAUAUAAUAUUACGGAAAAGGACUUUUUGGUGGUUAUGGUUUCGAAGCCACCCGCAAAACCAAACGUGUCUUCGUCAUCAAACAGUGGUGCACCCUCGUCUAUUGCCUCAACUACUACCCCGCAACCUAACUUAACCUCUAGUGCGCCACCGCCUACAGUGAUACAUCCACCCAUUGCCCCGAUAACCUCAACUCCUUCCACACAAGAAUCAGAACCAGCCCCGACAUCGACUCCUGCCAGUAGUACUCCUACUACUAAUCCACAAUCAAUACAAUCACAUUUUGGCAAUGAGAGCGCUCUAUUAACCGGCACUGAUUACACAAAUGCUAUUCAAAAUAUUGUGGAGAUGGGAUUUGAUCGUGACCAAGUUGUGAAGGCCAUGCGUGCAAGUUUUAAUAAUCCUGCUAGAGCUGUUGAAUAUCUCAUGAAUGGUAUCCCCGAAUCUGUACAAAACGAACAAAUACCUGCUGCUUCCGACCUACCAGGAAAUCAACCUGUCCCACCCACAACUGGAAAUACUGGUACAGCCACGCCAGCUCUACCACCAAAUCUUCUUCAAGCUGCUGCUUUGGCUCAACAAAGCCAGCCUCAAUUUCAGCAAUUGCGUCAGCUUGUACAGCAAAAUCCAGCACAAUUGCCCAAUUUGCUCCAACUAAUCGGACAGAAUAACCCUCAAUUGUUACAGUUCAUCAACGCCAAUCAAUCCGCGUUCACUCGUCUCUUGCUGGAGGGUGGAAGAACGCCAUCUCAAUGUCUUGAAAG